CAAAGAUGGCGGGCAGGUUGAAAAAGUGAUGAGUAAGGCAUUUUGAAAUCGAAAUUAAUUUUGACACGUCAGAUUAACAAAAGUAUAAAAGAAGAGCCUUUCUUUUUGGGAGCCACUAUAGAGUAUAAGGCCACUGAGUUACACCUGUAUUUUGACGUGCUAAAGGGAAACGAAUACGCCAAAGGUCGACUUCAGAAAGGAACUUUUCCUUCCUGAUAUUUUAUGAUGAACAAUGUUCCAGCCGGGGCGAAGAAGAUCCCCGGGGAUCGGAUUGUUAUUUUUGGCCAGCCAGCUCUACAACAUUGGUUUUAACAGGAUUCCUCCUGUAACACUGACUUUCAUCGGUAUAAACGUCGCAGUUUAUCUCCAGCUUUUGAACAACCUUCCAUCUCUCGGAAAAGCUUGUGUUAGUGCCCAUCAUGUCUGGUACAAUGGCGACUGGAAGCGAAUCAUUUUCGCCGCCUUUUAUCACUUAAACGACUUUCAUUUGUACUACAACAUGGCCUCGUUCGUUUGGAAGGGCAUGUCGCUCGAACCAAGGAUGGGAAGUCCGAAAUUUCUGUACAUCUUGUCCGUAUUCACUGCCUUAACUAACACCGUUCUUGUUGCUUUAGACAUGGUUCUGGCGAACGUAACUGAGGACUUUUCUUACAUGUACACAUGUGCUGCGGGUUUUUCAGGUGUCAUCUUUGCCCUUAAAGUUCUUACAACAUACAACCUUCCUUCUGGUGUUUCCAUGGUGAUGGGUAUGUUCCCAGUACCAAUGAGGUGGGCCUGUUGGGUGGAGUUGAUUGUCAUUCAGCUUCUUGUUCCUAAUGCUUCAUUUACUGGUCAUUUAGCUGGUAUUCUUGUGGGAAUGAUGUACGUUAAAGGUCCUUUAAAGUAUAUCAUGGAUACAAUCAGUGGUACUGGUAAGUUACUCUAUACUAGCGUUAUUUCCCUUAUUCAAGGGCAAGCCAGCUAGAUUUUGUCUGAAAUGAUGUUUGUGCUAUUAUGGAUGAAAAACAUUUUCUUCAUCUCAACACUGAAUUUAAAUUUUUAUGUCUUUAUUAUUCUAGUUAUUCUAUUCUAUUUUUCUAUUUCUUUCUUACUCUCAUUGAUAUCCUAUUUUUAAUUGAUUUAUUAUUUAACUUUCAAUAUUGUAAAGUGCUGUUGGAUACUUGGCAGAAACAGCUCCAUAUAAAUCCUCUGUAUUAUUAUUAUUAGAAGUAGUUGUUGUAUUGAUAUUAUUAGGAUUACUAUUUACUCACAUGAGAAUCCUAGCAUUGCAGUAUACAGUGGGUGUGUUAUCUUUGAACCCAGUAACAACUGUCCUCAUAGGAGAGUCCAUAUGGCUAAAAGGUUGAGCAUCAAAGUCCAAAAUCUGGUGGUCUGACAUUAAUUUUGCCCUUAGAACUCAAAAAUUUCUCUUUGUCACAUGUUUGUGACAAGAUGAAAAGAACAUCUUUCAAUAAAUGCAUCAUCGUUGCUUGGUUAUUUAUUUUCUGUACCAAUCAAGUUUAAACUUAACUAAUUGUUGUAUAAAGGUUGAAUAAUUCUAUCUAACAGAUAAGUUACUAUCCAGCAGAUAGAUUUUUAAUAGAGAUUAUCCAUCAUGUUGAGAUUUAUCCUGUGGAUAGCAUUAUUCGACCUUUGAAAAACCAGGACCUGUUCCUUUGAUGGAAAACCUCCAUUCCUAUUCAAUCAACACAUUACACCAAACACAUCACUCAUAAUUUUUUUCUUUGGAAUGCAGAAUCCAAAAAUGAUCUGAUAAUUUAUAAUGCCUUUUCAGGUUUCUGGUUUCUGGUUUCUGCCAUCAAUUCUUUUUCAAAGUUUGAAAGCCACUACCUGAAACACUGAGUUAAUAUACAGACCUUUUUUUUCUUCAAAACCAUGUAAUAUUGUAAUGAGUGAAAAGAAAAUAGUAACAAUUCCUUACUGUUAAUUUUGAAGUGUCCAUGCAAAAGUUUUAAAAAUAAUUUAACACAAUACAACUAUGCUCCUGGAAAUUUACCCUAACUAUUUAGGUCAUUUUGUGAAUGGUUAUUCUCAUAAUGUAUACUUUAAUUCAUCACUGUUACUUGGAAAAGUGUGUUCUAUGUUAUGUUAUAGCAAACAAUUAUUGGGGUGAUAUGGUAAAAUUAGUUCCAAGUGCCCCCCAUUCAGUUAACAUGAGACUGAAAUAGGGGUACAACUAACCCUUUGACCCUAAUAAGUGACUUGCAUUUAAUUUCUUCCCAUCAUAUUACCCAUGAAUCAAACAUUAUGGUCAGGAGAAGAAAGGAAAUGAUCAGCUGCUAAAGAAGCUCUUGUUUGUUAAACAAUUCUCCUUGCCGAUGCCCUAGAAAAUUUAUUGAAAAUGGUACGGAGAUUAUGAUCAGGAGAAGAAAGGAAACAAUCAGCUGCUAAAGAAGCUCUUGAUUGUUAAACAAUUCUCCUUGCCAAUGCCCUAGAAAAUUUAUCAAAAACAGUACAGAGAAUAUGCAUACUGAAGUGAGGGUGUAAAGGGUUAAGAAGUGUCGUUUUAAGUUUAACUUAUAUUUGUAUUUGUACAUUAUUUUUCUUUGCCUGAAUUUUAAGUGCUAUCUCCAUUUUUUGCUAGGAUCAGGAGUGACAAGAAGAAUGAGACAAUCAUACACCUACCAUGUGGGGACAACAGGUUAACAAGAAAUAAACUAACUAUUUGAAACAGGCUCCACAUAAAGAGUUUUGGUAUUAACCUGUUAAAUUGUAGGAGUAAUUAACCCUCUGAUCUUUAAGAGUGACUAUUAUCUAAUUUCUCCAAGCAAUAUUACCUCUGAAUCACACAAUAAAAUCACAAGAACAAAGGAACCGAUUAUCAACCAAAGAAGCUCUUUUCCUCACAAGUUCUCCCUUUCAGCAUCUUGGGAAAUUUAUGGAGAACACUAUGGAAAAUAUACACAUUGAUGUUAGGGUGUAAAGGGUAACAGUUUCUUGCCUGAAAGUACAAAUGCAACUACUCUUGCCUGAAUACCAUGGUGAACCUUGUUCUUGUUGUAAAACAUCAGUAUCUCUAAUCAAAACUUAAGUGAGCCUCCCUCAUCUUAAGUCCAAUCUUUCUACAGGACGAAGACGAAACAGACAGCCUCCAGAUGACUAUGAUUCCGCUGAUGAAGAACUCAGAGAAGCUAUAAGGGCAAGCCUCCGAGAAACACAUAUGAAUCGACAGCCAAACCUGGAUGAUUAUGACCCAAGGAUACAGACGGCAAUAAGAGAGAGCCUAGAUAACCCAGGAGGGGAGCCCUCUCGGUGGUCUGAUAACCAACAGCCUCAGAGAAGAGGGCCAUCUUCCGGAUCCCCACCAUACCCCCCUCAAAAUGGGGGCCGUUAUAAUUCUUGGUCGGCAACUUCAUCUGGUGGUGUUUCUUCGCGGCCGCCACCCUACUCCACUCAGGGGCCCUCAGCCUACCCCUCCCAAGAAGUUCCACCCUACCCUCGAGAGGGAGGAGGUCUUUAUCCCCGCCUGCCGGAUCCUACUCUCUAUACAGGCGGGGCGUUCGCGCAGUCUCCACCGUACCCUUCGGGGAUAGCGGAAUCCUACUCUACGGAUCCAGAACCUUCUGCUCCCCCGCAAGAACACGUUGUUAACGGAUACACAGGGAGACAUGCGCCGUACCCCCCGGAAAGCGUCACGCCCCAGGAAAGUUCGCUGGAUGAAGUUCGUAGAAGAAGGCUUCAGCGAUUUGAAAAAUAGCACCUUGACAAAAGACUUUCAAAACCUUGGUCGAACCUGCGAUAGUUUAUCACAGGAACCGGUCAAGUCGCCCGAAACCUGAGUCAUGUUGCCCGAAAUUUUAGUAAUGUCGCCCGAAGAAACAAAUACAAAAAAGAUCAGAAUUUCAGACUGUAAAUAGGCAAUAACGUUUGAGAAAUUUUUAUCACUGAAGCGCUCUUUGUUUCCGACAACAUCAUGAAGAUUCUUAAAGCGUCGUUCGUCCCUAACAACAAAGGGAAAUGUUGUUCGUUUCUAACAACAAAAUGCAGCGUUGUUCGUUUGGUAUGUAAUCGUUUCUUACUCACGGAUGUUUCGUAAGCCUGAGAAACUUUUUCUCUGAUAAAAAUUUCUCAACGUUAUUGCCUAUUAACAGCUGUAAUUCUGAUAUUUUUAGUAUUUGUUUCUUCGGGCGACUUCACUUUUUUUUUCGGGCGACAUAACUAAAAUUUCGGGCAACAUAACUCAGGUUUCGGGCGACAUGACUUCGGGCGAGAUGACUCUCGGGCGACUUGACUGUAAACCUAUAUCACAUAAACUGGCUGUGAUGCUCGGUGUGGCGUGCAGUUGGUGGUCGCCUACAAAACAGCAGACAGUCACCGUGUAAAGUUGUUUUCGUAGAGUCUCGAUUCUAGCAAAAUUCAUCCGUAAGCCUAAACUGCGUUAUUGAAGAGCCUGCAUUAUAAAUCAGUGUAAAUUUAGUGAGUCAGUAACAAAUUCUUAUUCAAAUUAACAUUUAGGGCCUCGUCCAUACGAAAAUGUCCAAGUUGCGUGUUAUUGUUAUUAUUCCCGUGCUCUUUCAACGGACAUGUUGUACAAAUAGAGUAUUACGAGAGAACUAAUUAUGAUAGAUUCUUUAACAAAAAGCAAUUUACCUUUAGUUUACACAUAAUGAAGUGAAGUCAUCGCUCGAAAAUGAUACUCAAAAACGUGUCGUUUGACAAAAUACGAAAAUUAGAAAAUGAAUUCGCUCAAAAAUACAGUUCUCCAAGUACAUGGGGUUUGUCGGCAAUUUUUUCUCGAUCUAUCAGAGUAAACCUCUCAUGGAAUAUGAAUCUUUGUCGCUUUGAGGAACUUUUACAUUUUAACUAUCCUGGGUUUAUUAGUUUCAAAUCCACGCUUCUUCAGAGCUGUAAUUUUGGUCGGAGUAGAACAAUUUUCCUCAAAUCCAGUUUUCUUCAAAACGCGUGUGGUUCGGGAGUGCAGCGUGAAAGAAAGGGCUGAUUGGAAGAAGAAAGAGAAGACUUCCUCUCCCGUUUACGCUCAUCUGCCGUUCACGUUCUGAAGACGACUGGGAACGAGUCACGUGAAAUAGAUUGUUAGUGAUUUCUAGGAUAUGUAGCGAAGGAUACAAAGUUAAGGCUUUGAUAGCAUCAGAGUAAAACCGAAUGGGGAGGGCGAAACUCUGGUAACUAUAGCUUAUUUUCACGGUGUUGUACAUCAUACGAGGCUUGUGGCCGGAGGCCUUGACUUCCUCUACAAGAUGAAAACCGCGCACUUCGGGUUUGCGAUGAAACCAUUUUUUUAUUUCGCGAUCGCAGGUGCCUCGCCAUUAUAGUGGUGUCCACUUAUCGGCUGCUCCCUUUUCGAAUUACUCCGCUACAGAUCCUUGGCUUAUUUUUUUUAAUAUUCCUGAGCCGCCGGGGUCUGACGAAUUUCUCGGUUGAGUAAGACUUGUUUCUAAUCGCAGACACAACAAUCACAAUUAUGAAAGAAAUUACAAUUUGACAGGUUGUGUUGGUGUCAAAGAUUUAGUGCGAACGAAAACAGCGAUCAUAGCGACAUGGCCAGCAAAUUUAUGGGACCCAGCAAGUUCAUUGAUCAACGCAAUGGACGAAAAUAGAUAAAUUCGUAAUUUUUUAAUCGGCGUCAAACGUCUUCAUAUAUAUUAUUUUUUGGGAGGCAUUUCCUACAAGAAAUACUAAGUGCGCUUAUUAUUAUUAUGAUCCUGAAUGUUAUGUCGUUAGAUAUUCCUGUCACUUGGCUAUCAACGCACUUCAAUGGAGUGUUAAUCCCAAGAGUACAUGUCAAGUAUCAAUCACUGCCCAUUAUGAGUAACGAGCGAUUAUUUCUUAGUUCAUGGUUAGUUAAGCAUUUUGAGCAAAUUUUACACCUC